AUGAGUUCUAAUAAUGCGAAAGCGUUAUUUGCGUGCUCACGGUGUUUCGGGAGGCAUCCUUUUGAAGAAUUAUCUCCUGGCCAACAGCUGUGCAAGGAAUGUCGUGGUUCGUAUCCUGUGGUUAAGUGUACCUAUUGCAGAUCAGAAUUCCAACAAACAGUAAAAGGUAACACUUGUACGAUUUGCAAGAAGUGCGAGCAAAAUGUCAAGGCUUAUGGCAAGCCAUCAGCUUGUGAGUACUGUAACACCAUCGCGGCGUUCAUUGGCAGCAAAUGCCAAAGAUGUACUAACUCGGAAAAACGCUACGGUCCACCUGUUACUUGCGAGCAAUGCAAACAAAAAUUAAAAGGACACAAUAAGCGGCCGCAUCGUGUUGAUGUAACGAAGCUGCCACCUCAACCGGAGCCUGCAGAAGUAAACGGACCAACUCCAUUAAAAGUUGCGAGAAUGGUCGGAGUUCAUGAUCCUCAUGAUCCCAACAGCUCUGACCAUGUCGUUGCCGUAACGCAGCUCAAAGAAAAAAUAGCUCACUUACAAAAACAAUUAUCGCAAAAAGAUAAUCAAUUACUUACCAAGGAUAGACAAAUUACCGAUUUAAAAGCUAAAAAUUUUACCUCAGAAACUGAACUGCGCAACAAAAUGAAGCUGACUGAAAAAGAGUACGAAAGUAAGGUAGCGACGAUGCAGUCUAAGAUUUCUACUCUUUUGAAGGAGGUUGCUACCUUGUCCAAGAGUACAAAACGUGCUGACCGGUUAGCUGCUACGAAAAAUGAAGCUAGUACCAAUAGUGGAAGUGGUACAGACAGUCCAAUACCUUGA